AUGCCAUCUUUCGGUACAUCAUCUAUGGGAAAUUUCUGGUUAGCAUUUCGACUUUUAUGCCUUAUUUGUUGCAUUAUUACUAUAACAUCAUACAGAAUUGAUCAUCGUCCAUUAAACGAAGAUCGAAAUGAACGUGGUGUAACUGAAUGGCGUUUUCGUCGUAAUCGUAUGUCAGCAUACCCUACUUAUAUUCGCAAUCGUGUUUUUACUCAUCAUUGGACAGGUGGGGAAAACGAAAAUGGUGAUGAAAUUCCAUUUAAUUGA